GGACUCGGAGAAGUAUGCUGCGAGCGCUGACGUCGGGAAGAAGGGCAUCGAGGGCGCCAUGGGUUUCCUGGCUGUGGGCAACGGCGAUUCUCCGGGGAGUGGCGAUGUCAAGAUCAAGCUGGAGAGCCCCCUCUGGCCGGACACUCUCAAGUUCAAGGACGCUUUCCUGUCGGGGUCGCAACAGCGGAAGCUGAACCCCAUCCUGGCGGCGCUGAAGAAGCAGACGGCGCAGCUCAAAGCGAAGGCAGAGGACCCCAGCGAGAAGGACAAGACCCAGUAUCAGAAAUGGGCUGCCGACGCAGAGAAGGCGCAAGCGGCGGCUGCCCUUUGCCACCAGGAUAUGGAGAAUCUCAUUGCUAUCAUCGAGCGCACCGACUCCGUGGCUCACGACAAGGCCCACUAUCAGAAUAUGGUCAAGAAGUUGAGAGAGAAGGAUGAAGAGUUUACCGCAAUGGUCGAGGGCGCACGCAUCGCGAG